GAUGAUGAUGAUGAUGAUGAUGAUGAUGAUAAUGAUAAGAAGGAGGAGUUAUCUACACACAGUUAUAAUACACAGGAACGGGACACUAUUUGAAGGAAAAUAUAACAACACAUAACAGGACACCCUGGAUUAAUUAGCUCAAUGACAUAAGAAAGAUGCAGAGCUAAAAGAAUAUCUCUGUUCUUAUAAGCCUUUAAUCGUAAUAGACAAAACAUAUUCAAAAGUAUGCAGAUCUGUCAAAGAAGUGGUAAGUAAGGUGUGUGUGUGUGUUGUGAAGGUUGUGAAAAAAAAAAAAGUCUUAAAGUGAGUAAUACUUAACUAAUUGUUUUUUGCAUUUCUUAUUUUUUUAAUAAACUUAAGCUUUUUAUAACACUACCCAUGGCUUUAUAUUGGAUUUGAUAGCAUCUGAGCAUAGGCAAAAGUACUUGCUUUACAAUAAUAAUAAUAGAAAACCAGAAAAAAGGAUAAUAAUGAAAAUAAAAUGUUGAUAUAAAUGUUUAAUAGGCUGUUUUAUAAUCUCUAACAAGACCUAUAAAAUUUCAAUUGACUUUUUCUUACAUAAUCAUAAUUUUUAAGUUGACUUUGAGAGGACACAGGCAUAAAGUGUCUGUACUGUGGGAGGAAAAAAAAACAAUCGUUGCACUAAAAAGUCGCAAUCUCCACCACCCACGCACUCCCCCCCCCCCCCCCACAAAAAAACAAAAACAAAAACAAAAAGAAAACAAAUUGACAGACGUUUCUUUGGUCUGAAGCCGAUGCCGUGAUGGGAAACAAUGCUUGUCAAAUUAGUAGAAAAUAUGAACUGUUUGGUCCUUCGUACACACUCAGUGACACAAAAGCUACCUGGGUGACUAACAUUUAUAAGUCAUAAUAUAAGUCAACUCCUUUCUUGAGGAAAAGAUUGAAAACAGAUAAUAAAUAUAAUUUGUAGAUAGCUGGCUGUCAUUUUCUCACUCCUCUUGAGAGCAAGUAGUAGUCAUGGCAAAGUGUGAGAUGGUAAAACCUCUUUACAUAGAUGUUAGCUUGGUGAUACACUUGGUGUUUCAUAAGUGUCAAGUCUCGCUACAUACCAUCUAUACAUGUACUCAAGAAAACAGAUAAUGACCACAAUGGGAAACACAGACAGACUGCGGUUAGAGACUAUACAAGGAAACUGAAAGUUCAGAGGUCGCUUAUACGAGUGUCGGAAUCCUGUGAUUAUAUUCCUGUUAAAAUUUUGUGGACACUGGUGUACAGCGGCUGGACCCAUCAUGUACUUCAUCAUGAACGUGUCUACCAAAGUUGGCACUCUGUGUUUGAUACUUCUCACACUGAUGAAAGAAGUUUUUCUCUUGGAAUGUGGGUUUUCUAACUUUAGUGAAAGCCUGAGUAAAGAAGAAAAUAGUUCUAUCAAUAUCAACUACACCAUCAACGUUACAAUUCCUGAUGCUACGGACAUGUUUUACGCUCAUUAUACGGUUUGUGAAGGAAACUCUUUGAGUACUGCAUGUAGAUUUGCUCUAUACAAAGACUUUAGCAGAGUGGACUUGAGUAAUAAGAAAGAAGUCACCUGCUCCUGGGAACAACGACUGGCGAGCAGCUCUGUGGUGGCUUUAGACAUCUACAUUACUCAGGUCGUCACCAGGUCACUGAGUGCGAUGAUAGUCUCCACUGGCAGAAGUGGGAUACCCAAACCUACCCGACUGAUACGUGUUGAGGUGUUGUACCCACCAGAAGUAACAAGUCUAACCGUUGGUGGAGAAGACUUUACAAGUCCUUACUUCAUUAACGAGGGCCAGAAGGUCGACAUUUUCUGCUCCUUCGAUAAAGGGAACCCUCCCGCUACUUUCAAGCUUCUUGAUAAACAUGGACACGAGUUGAAAUCUGGUAGUGAUGGAUUUCUUAAUUAUUCACUCUCUGCCCAAUGUGAAGACGACCGACCGACAGUCAGGUGUGAAGGAAGCGGCUCGAAGCAGAACAGAUCCGUCACGUUCUUCGUGAGGUGUCCUCCUCAGUUUGUCGAAAACUCCAUAAAUAUUGUCAAUCUACAAACCUUUCAAGUCCUAACAUUUCAUGUCAAAGCUCACACAACAACACUCACUGCCUGCCUCUUGACACCAGUGACUCUAGACAACAAUGUCACGAGGGGAGUAAGCUGCAUCCUAAGUGGUCACCCUCCUGAUCUGCUUCUGACCGUCCAUCUUCACAAGGAAACCAACAUUAGUGAAGGAAAUUGGUCGCUGAUUCUUCGAAAUGAAAUAGGUUCUGCAACAACGACACUGAUGAUCACUUAUUAUCCAGGUAAGCACACUUGCUAUUUACAAUCCAGUUAAAAUCAAUGCUUACUGUGAGUAAAAAAACAAAUACGAAUGUUUACUACACAAUGUGCGGACAAGAAUACAACUUUAUUUCUCUACAUAAGCAAUUUAAAAAUAGUGCUUGUACUAGAUUAUCAGAAAAAGUAAGAGUGAAAACUCACAGGCCUACACAUGGUCGGAAAUAUAGAGGAUUCGCAAUGCCUUCCUGAAGAUUUGCUGAUGACCAAAGGCUGCCAAGUCCCUCUGCCUGCUUCCGGUGUUGUUGGAACAGAUAUUAAGAAGGGAGACCAGACUGUUCUUGUUCCCUAGGGAGAGGUUGUGGAACCAAGAGAUGAAAGAAAAACUGAUGAGACUUUCAAUGAAGAACUGAUGGACGCGAGUGAGGAUGACAGAGCUGACAGAGAAAGAUCUGAGUUUCCGUAGAAGGCAUAGGCGUUGUUGGCUCUUAUGGAGGAUCAUGUCAGUGUUGAUGUUCCAUUGAAGCUUGUUAUCAAAGAUAUUAUUUAGAUAUUUGUAAGGGUCGACUACCUCGAUGGAAUCAUCAUGGAUAGUAAUGUCAAAGAUAAUUUCGCUAUUUUGCUUAGCCUUUAAGAUAUUUAAGACAAGGAAGUGUUUACCACACACUGUACAAAGUCCACAAGAGCUCCGCUGUGAACAUGUUCACAAAGAUUUAAAAGGGACAGCAAGCCAGAGUCAUCAGCAAAUUUUAACAGAAGGCUCCUAUCUUUAGUGCUUCUACCAAAGCUAUUAUAUAAUAUGAACAUUAGUGGAGACAAGCAGCAUCUUUUGCUCCCUGUGCAACAGAAAACGAAAUCACGAAGUUGUAUAACAAAAUAUUAUAAAAUAUUACACACUGCCACCCUACACACAUGUACUUCCUCUCAGUCUCGCACCGCAACGUUUGUGUCUGUCACAGGAUAUGAGAACUACUCGAGACUGGAUGUAGUUAAUAAUUUCAAUUUAGCGUUAAUACUAAUUACAGUUCCGACUGUCAUUAUUUAAUUAAGAUGGCACAUACCGAUAUUCUUUAAUACCUUAACCUUCUUAACUUUACAUCUACUACGCUCUUAAAUGAAAAGAUACAUAACAUCGA